AGUUUUUCCUAGCUGGCAAAUAUACUCUCAAUAAACUCAUACACUCUCUCACACACACACACACACCCUCAUAGUCAAACAAAUGCCUUCAUCGCCCACGUUACUCGACGACAACGAGGAAGAAGGAUCUUCAUCGUCCGGCCGUCCGGAAAAGUCCUCUUCCAACUCGUCGUCCCUGUCCGCCGGCUCGACCAUAUCGACGACCUCUUCUAGAACCUGUUCCACCUCUUCCUCUUCCUCCUCUUCAUCGUCGUCGUCUACGGCUUCCGAUGACGAAACGAACCAAUUGGACGAAAAAUUACCCGAAAAUGCGAAUGAGAACGACGGCUGCGGUGGUGGCGAUGCUGGUGCCGCGAUACUGUCUGCCUCUCCAACAGCUUCAGCUUCAGGAGCAGCGGAUGGGAAGGAAUCGGACGAGACGCCUGCCUCCGCUCCCAUCGAUGACGCGGACGCAUUGCUAGCAAAGUCGUCCGAGCUGCUGAGCCUAACGAAGGAGGAGCCUCUCGACCAGCUGCUGUUCCUUUCGCCGAAGCCGACGAAGGAGCCCAUCUACAGCUUGCCGCGCCAGUCCAUCUACUACAACAACCGCGACAUUCUCGACCUCGGGAGCAAUCUGCGGGCGCAGGGCGGUGGUGGUGGUGGUGGACUAUCCGGUGAAUUCGCAUUCCAGUAUGCCGUACUGCCGGAUACGAACAACAUUCAGUUCUUUCUGCAAAAUCGCUCCCAGUACCAUCGGCUCGGCCCGAACGGCCACGUGCAGGAGUUUCGCAUGGCCACGUGCACGUGCUGCGACUUCAAGUAUCCGGUCAACACGGUCGGAGCGAACGCCACGGCCGCUCCAGUGAACCAGAGCUGUGCCACCCUGAACCUGUCCAAUCUGAACGCCAACCAGAUCUACGGCAAUCUGCAGCAGCAGCAGCAGCAGCAACAGCAGCAGCAAAUACAGCUGCAACAACAGCAGCGGCUGCGAUGCAUGCAGUAUCAACAGCAGCAAUACAACUACCGUGCCAGUGCCGGCGUUGGUAACAGCAACAACAGUAUGGGUCGCGAUUACAACAUGUACCAGUCUGGCAAUGGUGGUGGUGGUGCUGCAGCAGGAGGUGUAGUUCCGUCGUCUUCGCGCUUCAACAAUGGCAUCUACGGAUCGGGAGCAGUGCCCGGUGCAUCCUCGCCGAAUGCACAGGGAGGAGGCGGCAUGGCGGCUGGCGGUAGCUCUGCAGGCAACGGCGGCUUCUUCAACAACAACGCUUUGAUGGGUCGCGAUCAGUUCAAUCCAAUGGUCUCCAUGACGAUGCAGUACAACCACAACAGCGGUGCUAAUCCCAAAGGAAUCUCGCAAUCGAACGGUGGCGCAUCUUCGCUAUCGUCUGCCGCUGCACUGCGCCAACAGCAGCAGUACGAGUUGUCCCAGCAGCAAAAGCAGCAGUACGUGAACAACUACUCGCUGGGUGCCGGCGCUAACGCUGCCAACAAUACAGCCUCCAGUGCCGCCGUCCGCCUCCAACAGCAGCAGCAACAGCAGUCGCAACAGUCAAGCCAUUACUACAAGAAAAAUCAAUCCAUGCGCUAUGGAGGACCAACGGGUCUGAACGCGAACAUGAUGUCCAGUGGUCCGGCCGGUUCCUCCAACUGGAAAAACUCGAUGACCAAUAACGCGAUCCAGGAUACUGCUGCGAAGUUGUUUAUGGAACUGAACAAAAUGCAACAACAGCAGCAGCAGCAGCAGCAGCAGCAGCAGCAGCAACAGUCCCCCUACUACGUACCUUUCCUGUAAAGAUAUUGUCUCUGUGCAAUGCAAACGCGCGCAGGCAAGCAAAAGACAACACAAAAAAACGACACAGUUAAAGUGUGUUUGUGGAAACGAUGAGAAUAAGAACUCAAGCGAAACUCACACAAAAACACGCUGAUAAACAUUAGCCUCAAACAAUAAUGGACCAACAAAGCAAAAGAAAAACGCAAACGAAAAAUGCAUUGGAAAAUGUGCGAAAAGAAAAGACCAAGACACAAGCGGCAGCAGCAACAUCAUGAUUAUCGUCAUCAUCAUCUCGCCAUCGUUACCAAAGUUGCCAAAGCAAACAAACCCGAUUGUUUUUUACUAACCUUCUUUAUCUAGUUGUAAUCACACAUCCAUCUGUCACACACGAAGAUGAUCAGUAUCUCUUGUCUUGCGUAAUUAUAAAGGAAUAAUUUAAUACGAUGGAACACAAACACACACAGAGAGAUUUAUGUGAAGCCAGCUCAAAUUUCCAAUGCUCUCCCUGCAAAGCAACAUAUGCAUAUGCUGAUGGAAAAAAAAACAAACACGUUGUUAUUACAUGUCCAUCGAAGCCUUCCUGUUAAGAAAACAAUUGGUGGGUAACUGUAUUACAAAUUACGUUUUCCAGCGAAAUACGUAACACGAACAAUGACAUUCUAUACAACACCUUUACUAUUAAAAGUAAAUUUUUACUGCUACUCUAAAGAAGAAGAAGAAGAAGAAAAGAAGGUUUCGACAACGUUUACCCAAUAUUAUUGUAUUGCUUCCGAAGAAGUGAUAAGGUUACGAAUUAUCGCAGUUACGAUCCUGUAAGGAUCAGGAACAGAGAGGUAGAGACAGUGCUCUAGCAUUUUUAAAUCCACCACCGCUGGCAGCAGCAUAAGGCAGCAGCAGCAUAAUGCGAAAACCAGAUAGCUUGCGAAGCUAAUUUUCGCGCUCACCAGUGCAAAAAACCCCCGUACAUAUGUAAUACAAGAAGAAACCCACCAGUACCAUCGAUCUUUAGCAUAAUGUGCACGAUAUUAAGCCGUCUUUUGAAAAAAUGCGAAAAAAGGAUGUGAUAUUUGAGUGGAGAGAGAGGGAGAGAGAGAGAAAGAGAGAGGUGUCAACGGGAGAAAUUAAAAAAAGGAAAAAAAAACAUACCGAACAACUACAAUGACACAGUCGUCCCUCCUUUCGCACUCUCUAUCUCUCUCUCUCUCGCGCUCAUUGUAUAGCUUGUUGGGAAUAACUUGCCACCAGUCGGAAUCCAACAAGAAAAGAAACACGGGAUUUAGAUGCUUAACCCCGAUAGGGUGCGCGCGCGCUCGCGCUUGAGUGUUUGACACUCCUGUAUACCAAAUUCUCAUCACCUACACACGUCUUCACGCCUUGUUUCGGACACAAUUCCGGUAAAGCGUUCCAGUAGUAAUAUUCGUGCAUUACCUACCACCAGCAUACGCGCACCGUGGUUACCCACAUAACCAACAAUAACAAAUCUUCCCCAAUCGUUUGCUGUCGGCGAGAACGAUCACCGCACGGGUGUGUAUAUCGUACCGAAGCGGCCUUCGACUUCAAUGGACGGUAGCAGCACUUACCUUUUCGGCGAUAAAGUAUUCAAAGUCUUCAAAAAACCAGCGAUACAAACACACAAGCGCGCGUGCACGUAAUUUGGUAUGUUUUAUAAAACCUGAAACCACAAUCCCCCCAUACGAAGAUCAAAUCAAUGGUUAGAGCUAGUGCUAUUCGAAAAGAAACACCGUUACGAAAUCACACAGUGAUUCCCCUCGAUGGAUGGAAAGAGAUAAAAAGUAUUGGCGAUAUUAUUAUUACUAUUAUUAUUACUGGCAGAUAGUGUGAGUAGUAAUUUAAACAAGAAAACCCUACAACAAGACAAAAUUCUUCUUCUCUGCGUAAGUAUACUAAUUAGCGGGACCGUGCACGCGUCCAUAUGUCCCCUCCGAUCGAACAGUCAGCAAACGCGAAUGCGUAAGACACACAACAACCUUAUAAUAAUAUAGCGAAUGGCAAAUGUUACAUUUAAACCAGAUUCGAGCGAGAGCUGUACGAAAAAGCGAGUAUAAUAGAGUAUGUGGAUGUGUGUAUGUAAAUGUUGUUGUUGGAGCGUCGAUUUAGAUUAGUCAAAGGGAGAAGGGGAGAGAGUGGGAAGAAAAUAACAGAAUUACCGAAACUUAAGACAAUGCAGGAAUUAUUAUUUUUUAAUUAUUUAGUGAUUGAUGCAACAACAAAAAACCCAGAAAAUGAACUAAUACCCGUUACUAUGAGCAUAGGAUUAUUAUUAUUAUUAUUACUAUUAUAUAUUUACCUAGUUGUACUAUUUCGAUUAUCAGUAGUACUGUGUAAGAGCUAGCUUUACUGGCGCGUGAACAGCAGCCGCUCAUCAGCCGCGUACCAGCCGCGUACCAGACGCGUACCAGCCGCAAAAAAUGAAAGUAAUUGUGUGUUGUUUGCUGUUGAACUCUCUUUUAAGAGUGUUGUCGGACCGAUGCGGGCGCAGGAUAACAUAGAUGGCGAUAACAGAAACAAAAUGCGUCCAAACAUUGAGCAUAACACACACACACACAUACAUUAUAUAUCCCCCCCUCCCUUUACAUGUUUACGUACAAGACGCGAUAAACUUACUGUCUAAAAAAAAGAAAAGAAAAUCUUACAAUCACACACAAAAUGAUAAACACGCAUGCAUCUACUCUACUAAACAAAAACAAACAAACAAAACAAACUGGUGAUAAUUUUGACCCCAAAACGUAUAAUAUGAAUAUGAUUAUUGGAAUUUUUAAAUCGAAAAAGAAGUGCUGCCGGACGGGGGGCGCGCGCGGCCCUCCCUUUACACAAUAAUGUUACGGAAAGGGGGGGGGGGGGCAGUUGGGUUGUAGAAUUUAAUUCAGCAGUAGUUUGUAACACUGAAAAGCAGAUAGUCAGAACUGUAGUUAUCUAUGUUUUUUUUUUAAUAAUAAUUCACAAAAUAGUUUUACCACCAAUCAGAAUUUGCUCUGAGGGAAUGGGGUGGGAUAGAAACGAGAGAGAGGUGUGUGUGGAAGGUUAUCAUCAUCAUAGUCAAACAUCAUCAUACCGCCAACGCCAAAUGGAUGAUAAUGAUGCUGGAGCAUUGCGAAUAGAACAGUGUUAGAGAUUAUUGAAUGCGAUUGAAUAGCUCUCCUCCUGAUAACAAAAACAAGACAUAAAGAAUGAGGACACAGGGAAAUCAAGCAAAGCAAGAGAGAGAGGUAGACGGCAGGAAAAGAGAAUAAUGUACAAAAAAGAAAAAAAAAACACCCAACACACAUACAAUAUCAGAUGCUGAUGCCGCCGCCAAAACCCCUACACACUACUAUUGAGGCCCGACCCGAUUGAUGAGAGAGAGAGGAGAGAGAGACAGAUCAGUUAUAAACAUAGAUAUAUAUAUAUUAGCUAGCAUCCUCUGCUAUUUUAGAGCUGGGUUGGUUGCUGUUUAAGUAGGAAAAAAAGAAAAAUGUGAUUUAUAGAUCGGAUCGGGUCAGAUAAUAAGAGCGGAAGAGAGAGAGAUUCAUAACAAAAAAACACCGACUGUUUAGAAUGUGCGAAUGAUGGAUCUUAUCGUUAUCAAUGUUUUGCUCACUUCAUUAUGUUAUCUCGUUUAUCCUUUUUAUUACUAUUAUUAUUAUUAUUAUUAUUAUUGUAUCGUUUAAUGAACUUGACGCGCACUUUUUACUUAUCAUAUAUACCUAUAUAGAGAGAGAGAGAGAGAGAGAGAGAGAGAUCCAUCCUUCCUUUUUACCAAUAUGCUAAGCAGAACUGGAAGCAAUGUCGUGAGAGCUAUUUGUUGUGUUAUAUCACCCCCCCACCCUAUCGUUUGUUUGUUCGGUGUUAGCUGCUUUCCUUUUAGUUAGGGAAGCGUUUCGUUUUCGUUUAAUUUUGCUACUCCUACUCUACUCACAUCGAUAUUGAUGAACUACUACUACUACUACUACUACUACUACUACUACUACUACUACUCUGGGCAGAGGCCAGAGCGUUGUUUGAUUCCAGCUAAUAAAUAAAAGGGGGGGGGGGGGUGCAACUUGCUUGUAAGCGAGAUAGAAAGAGGGAGGGAAGAGAGGAGGAGGGCAUACAACGAGUAUAGAGAGAGAGAGAAACACGCACCAUGUGCUACGAACUACUAAUAGUGUAGGCAAUAAUUUAAUAAUGUAUCAAAUGCGUCUAGAAUUGAAGCUCUUUUUUGAUAGGAAUGAACGAUUUGGAUUUCAAUAUUUUGUUGUUGUGGAUUAUAUGAAAAUGCAAUUUGUGGUAUUGUCUCUCCCCGCCCCCUGUAGUUCGAAUAUUCGUAAAAGAAGAAAUACACACAUAUCCUUCCAAGUAUAGUUACAUUUUUCAAAUGGCAGCAAUUUUGCGAUCGAGUAAAAACUACUUGCUUCUUUACCCCACGAUAUAAUAGUGCCAGUGAUCGACUACCCGACAUAUAAGCAAGCGCACGCAAUCAAGCACGCAUGCACGCACUCACGGGCUCCCCGUUGGCAGGAAUAGCGGCAAGGCAUCAUUAUUACCACCCCCCGGUAAAUGCAUCCUCUCAGGUUUUGAGUUGUUGUUGAGCAGCACGACAGCUUUUUGUAGCAAGUAGAGCAAUCGCGGAGAGACGUGUACAUGCCUUACAAAACCUACCUUACCCCGCUGCACAGGAUGGCGUUGUUAGGCGUUUUGAUUAAAACGGAAAAAAACAGAAGAACGCGUAAAAGAAAAUAAAAACUAAGACAGGGAAACGAUAGUGCCACCAAAACAGAACUGAACAAUGCAAAAAAACAAAAAACAAAACUGUAAAAUCAAAGCAUGUGAUAAUAAUAGUAGUGUGUAAUUAUCAGUUGGUAGAGGAUUUAUUUUACUUGAUUAGUUUUGUUGUUGAGUUUUUUUAUUACAUUAAUUCUUCUGAUAUGAAAUCGAUUCGUUGUUGCUAAUCGGUUUGUUUUUCCCCUCAUUUUGAUGAAGCAUUGUUGUGGCUCUCUUCCUGUGGGGGUUUUGCUUUUGAUAAGAAACAAAGAGUACACACACUGUAUGGGAAAACUUGUUUAACUGUAAACUUAUUAGCAAAGUUUAACUGUAAAAUUGCUAGACAGAAGUCUUUGUUUUUUAUCUAUACAACAAACCAAUAUAGUCGUUCCCAUUGUGCGUUUUUUAACGUUACAGCCCAAACUACUACUAUUCCUUCAUUAUUAUAAAGAAAGAUGCACACGGUGCUUGCUGCUUGCAUUCGCCAUUUCUGUUUAUAUUUUAACAAAAUACUCACUUUUUCAUAGUUUUUGUUUUUUUUUUCUCAAUGGAAUAAUGUUGCUCGAUUUUGUAUCAUUUUUUUUAAAUUUUUAUCCUAAUUUACUAUAUUUAAACUCAGCGGUCGAAAUUUUUGUUCAAAGUUAAGCUAAUAUGCAAUCACAGGUACUUACUACACGACUGGUGGUGGUGUAUUGUUAAGCAGAUGGUGGUGAUAUCAUCAUCGCUAAUAAUAGUCUUUCGUUUAAUUAAUUAUCUGUAAUGAUAUGUAUUUUUUGAAUUAUUUUUAUCUUUUCCCCAACCAAAAAUGCACAAUGAAAUGAUUAUCUCUUCUUACCUACCCGGUAAUAAUUAAAGCAAAACGAUGUUGUUGUGUGAAUGACGCGAUCGAUCGAUCGUGUCAGCUUUUUCUGUUGCAAUUUUCAAUUCGUCGUCAUUUCCCCUUUAGUUUAGCAAGCAAAAGGAAUAGUUAGAGAUGCGCUGCAACAACAACCAACAGGAGACAACAGCAAAUAAAGUCACCAAGUUAAUAAAGACUGUUAGCAAAGAAAACAAAAGGGCAAUAUAAAUAAUUCGCGAAAAGAAGUGCAUUACUUUUAUGAGGGAGGUGUGUGUUGAGAGAGAGAGAGAGUGUGUGUGUGUGCGCGAGGAGAGCCAACAAGAGGGAUUAAUAACUUCGUUUCAAUUUGUGUGUGUGUGUGUGUGUGUGGUAGAGGUAGUAGUAUAUGUGCAUUUGGAACGACGAAGGUAUAGGAUGUUAGCAUAAUAAUAAGCGCUGCCUGUGCAAAAACGGAAAGAGAGGGAGGGUGUGUAAGGCAUGUACACGUUUUCCUCCGGCUAGGGGAAAAGGGUCUAAUAAUUGGCUGAAUUUUCUGAAAGGGCAACUAUAUGGAAUAAGCACAGAGAGAGAGAGAGAGAGUCAGAGAGAGAGAGAGAGAGAGAGAGAGAGAGAGAGAGAGAGAGAGAGAGAGAGAGAGAGAGAGAGAGAGAGAGUCAGAGAGUCAGAGAGAGACAGAUCAAUAAUAAACAGAACAACAGUGAGACAACAUCAUACAAACACCAUGCGAAACGAAAUACGCGGUAUAAUACCUAAUUUAUAGUAAAACACAAGACGGACACACGGUUCGACCAAGAUCUCAUAGUGCUGCGUGCAACCGAUGAUAGAAGCAAACAGAAAACACACCGCAUCAAACUAACGCUAUUUAAAUCCUUUAACUUAAUCAAACGCUAACUUAAUAAUGGACAAUUUGUGGGUAUGUGUUAACG